ACCAUAAAAAAAAAAAAAAAAAAAAAAAAAAAAAAAGAAAACAAAGAAUGGAUCUCCUCUGCAGUGCUUACUCCAAUUCCGACGACGACGAAGAGCGGCAGAGCCGACAGGAACCCAAGCGGCUCAACGUCUUUCCUCCGCCGUCUCAAUACCGAUUCCAGCCCCAAUUCUCUGGUUCAGGACACCCUCCUCCAGUGAAGCGUAUCAGAACCGAUACAGUUGUCAACGUGCAAACAGAUGCUCCGGCGCCGGGAAGAUACAUAUCCAAGCGAGAGCGGGCUCUUUUGAGUCAGAGUAUCCCGGCUCCUGAACAGUCCUCCAUUGAUAAUCAGGACCAGGAACAGAACCAGAGCCCUGCUGCUCUAACUUCACCAGUUAGAUUGAGUAUAAAGGAUUCAGAUCUACCCAACAAUAUCGUCUCAACCUUGAGAAACCCAAGUGAACGUGCAAAGCUAAGCCAAAUACCUGAAAGGGUGUCCAUAUCUCUUAACAGCCAUAAAAAGGCAGUCAAUGCUCUCAAUUGGUCGUCCAACCAUGGUAUGCUUAUUUUUCAAUCUACAGCCCAUCUUCUUGCAUCGGCUGGGAUGGAUCACACCCUCUGCAUAUGGAAUGUCUGGAGCAGAAGCCAGAAAACAGCUCAUAUAUUCAGAUUCCACGGUGCAGCAGUAAAAGAUGUGCGAUGGUCACCUCAUGGAUUCACUGUACUUUCCUGCGGGUAUGACUCUUCAUCCAGGUUGAUUGACGUGGAGAAGGGGAUACAGACUCAGAUUUUUAAGGAAGAUCAGGCAGUUUUGGUGGUGAAGUUCCAUCCGCAGAAUUCAAGCCUCUUCCUUUCUGGUGGUUCAACUGGAAAAAUAAGAUUAUGGGAUAUUAGGACAGGGAAUGUCGUCCAUGAAUACAAGCGAGGUCUCGGCCCGAUUCUUGAUGUUGAAUUUACAAGAAACGGAAAGCAGUUUAUCUCGUCUAGUGAUGUCUCUGGAGGCAAUGUCACUGAAAAUGCAAUUAUUGUUUGGGACGUUUCACGAGAAGUGCCAUUGUCAAACCAGGUUUAUGUGGAAGCCUUUACAUGUCCCUGCAUUAGGAUCCAUCCAUAUGACCCAUCAUUCAUCGCCCAAUCGAAUGGCGAUUACAUUGCAAUCUUCUCUUUAAAACCGCCAUUCAAGCUAGACAAGUACAGAAGGUACGAAAGACAUGGGGUGUCUGGAUUUCCCAUCAAGUGCGAUUUCAGUUUGGACGGUGAGAAGAUAGCCUCAGGCUCCUCAGAUGGCUCGAUAUACUUCUACAACUACAGGUCAUCAGAGCUUAUCAGGAAAAUAAAAGCAUACAAUCAACCCUGUACAGACGUCGCUUUCCAUCCAGUGAUGCCGAAUGUGAUUGCCUCGUGCAGUUGGGAUGGAAACAUUUCAAUCGUUGAGUGAUGUAGUUUCGUCGCAACUACUUCUUCAUUAUUGUCACAGCAGCUGGAAAGGGUGGUGGUGCAAUAUGGCCCAGGUGAUGCAUUCUUCAUAUCACGAAACCUCUCGUUUUCCUAUUCUCUGCGUGUUGUGGUUUUCAUUCAUGCCAGGGACCUGGAAAGUUUCAUGUGGGUUGUAGCCCCAGACAGUAAGAUGUGGGUAUGCUGAAUAAUUUUGGAGUGUGGUCUGAGUGACUAUCACUUUGGUGCAGGGUUGGGAGACAAAAGGUUGAAUCGAUGGUGGGGUGAGACAGUUACAGCUCCCAUUAUUCGCAUGCGUGCAGUAGGGGCUCACUACUUUGAACAAAUGGCUUUCUCUCUGUGUAUGUGUGACUGUGUGGUUUGUUAGUUUUACUCUCUCCUUUUCGUGUUAUGUCAGCUGUGGAACCUGAGAAAGUGAUUUGGCGUUGAGUUUGAUAGUACUUUCAGGAAAGGGGGUGGGCAUUGAAAUUGAGAGUCCACAUCAUCAACUUGCUGGCUGGCUGGGUCUCCACUCUGAAUGGUCACUGUCUCAUUUCUGUGAAGAAAACAUAUAACCUGAAAUAUCAGUCUCUCUUUUCCUUUUGCCGUAUGGAUAAGCCCUAUAGCCCUAGCUCUAGCCAUGGAACUGCAUUUUGAUUGAAUAUUGUUGAUGACUUUCUUUACAUGAUAGCUGAUUGAAGUUGAUGGCUUCAUGAGCUUUUGCUUUUGUGUCUUUGUUUUGGAACCAUCAGGCGUUGUCUUUUUACUACUCACUCACCAGUGAUCAUUUAGAAUUGUCCAGAAGCAUUGUUUCAGAUGUAAGAACUUGAUAGUUUCCCCUAUCCUUGAUUCCUUUCCCCUAUUCCUAUUUAUUGCUUCAUUCAUUUCACCCAACAU